AUGUCUCAAUCAAACGAUAACAGCAACGUUCAAACUCAUGAAAACAUCCACUCACAAACAAUUUCCUGGAUCAAGAAAGUAGUCGAGGAAAAUAAUCAAACUGAUCCCACAAUAAAUUUUCAAAUGUCAGUCACAUCUAACGACAACGAGGAAAUAAAUGAUAAUCACGUCAACGCUACAACACACGAAGAAGACAUCUACACAAAAUCACUAACCCUGGAGAAACCAAGUUCUUCAUGGGACUCUUUCUCGAGUCAUAGUAGCGCAACAUUAUCCGCCGAAAACGACGACGACGGCGAGUUUAAACAACAACGACGACUCGAAAAGAAAAAGAACAACAAUUUCGAUUCCGAAGAUUUUUAUAAGCAAAAGUCUUAUUUCAAUUGGGAUUCUGAUUCUGAUGAUGAUUGUAGCGAAACGAGUACUGUGUUAGAUGAUGAUGACGCAGUAAAACCAGAACUAUUUGACGAUGCAAUAUAUUACGCAGAUGAAAUACUUAAAGAUUUUG